UAAUAAAACUGAUAGCACUUGUAAUAGUAUUUGUGAUAGUAGUAAUAAAGCUAAUAGUACUUGUGGUAGUGGUAAUAUUAGUAGUAGUAAUAUUGCUAGUGGUAAUAUUGCUAGUAGUAAUGUUACUAGUAGUGGUGAUAAUGAUAUA